AUGCUGCGCUACCUGCUUAAAACGCUGCUGCAGAUGAACUUGUUCGCGGACUCCCUGGCCGGGGACAUCUCUAACUCCAGUGAGCUGCUCUUCGGCGGCUUCAACUCCUCGCUGGCGGCGCUCAACCACAGUACGCUGCCUCCCAGCGCCCCCUCUCUCAACGAGACAAGAAUUGAGCCAGAAGACGCUAUGCCGCGCAUCGUGGAGCAGCCACCAGAUCUAUUGGUCUCCCGGGGCGAGCCGGCCACACUGCCCUGUCGCGCUGAGGGCCGGCCGCGACCCAACAUCGAGUGGUACAAGAAUGGGGCACGCGUGGCCACAGCACGCGAGGAUCCGCGCGCGCACCGCCUGCUGCUGCCCAGCGGCGCCCUCUUCUUCCCGAGAAUUGUGCAUGGGCGCCGUGCUCGACCGGAUGAGGGAAUCUACACUUGUGUGGCGCGCAACUACCUGGGGGUUGCAGCUAGUAGAAACGCCUCUUUGGAAGUAGCAGUCCUCCGUGAUGAUUUCCGGCAGUCUCCUGGAAACGUGGUGGUGGCAGUGGGGGAGCCAGCAGUAAUGGAAUGUGUGCCCCCCAGGGGCCACCCAGAACCUUUGGUGACUUGGAAGAAGGACAGUGCAAGGCUUAAAGAGGAGGAGGGAAGGAUUACGAUUCGUGGAGGGAAGCUGAUGAUGUCAUACACGCUCAAGAGCGAUGCUGGGAUGUAUGUGUGUGUGGCAUCCAACAUGGCAGGAGAACGGGAGAGUGGGGCAGCUGAACUUGUGGUACUGGAGCGUCCCUCAUUCCUUCGAAGACCAGUAAACCAGGUGGUCCUGGUUGAUGCCCCUGUGAAUUUUCUAUGUGAGGCACAGGGGGAUCCCCCACCUCAUCUACACUGGCGCAAGGAGGAUGGGGAACUGCCCACAGGCAGGUAUGAGAUCCGGAGUGACCACAGCCUUUGGAUUGGGCGAGUGAGUGCUGAAGAUGAGGGAACUUAUACCUGUGUGGCGGAGAACAGCGUGGGCCGUGUGGAAGCAUCGGGUUCCCUCAGUGUUCACGUCCCACCCCAGUUGGUGACCCAGCCCCAAGACCAGAUGGCAGCUCCUGGAGAGAAUGUGGCUUUCCAGUGUGAGACCAAAGGAAACCCCCCACCUGCCAUCUUCUGGCAGAAAGAGGGAAGUCAAGUCCUGCUUUUCCCUAGCCAGUCACUUCAGCCUACAGGGCGCUUCUCAGUCUCUCCAAGAGGACAGCUCAACAUCACUGAAGUGCAGAGUGAGGAUGCUGGCUACUAUGUAUGCCAGGCUGUCAGUGUGGCUGGCAGCAUCCUAGCCAAGGCCCUGUUGGAGAUAAAAGGAGCCUCCUUGGAUGGGCUGCCUCCCAUCAUCCUCCAGGGACCAGCCAAUCAGACACUAAUCCUUGGUUCCUCUGUGUGGCUGCCAUGCAGAGUGACUGGGAACCCUCAGCCCAAUGUCCAGUGGAAGAAGGAUGGACAGUGGCUGCAGGGGGAUGACCACCAGUUCAACCUAAUGGCCAAUGGCACCCUGUACAUCACCAGUAUGCAGGAGAUGGACAUGGGUUUCUACAGCUGUGUGGCCAAGAAUUCCAUAGGAGAGGCCAUAUGGAGUGGCUGGCUUAGGAAGCGGGAAGAUUGGGGAGCAUCACCAGAUCCUCCUACAGAACUGAGUACCCUGCCGGGCCCUCCCUCUCAGCCAGUGGUCACUGAGAUCACCAAGAACAGCAUUACCCUGACCUGGAAGCCCAAUCCACAGGCCGGGGCUACAGUCACCUCUUAUGUGAUAGAGGCCUUCAGCCAAACAGCUGGCAACACAUGGCGGACAGUGGCAGAUGGUGUGCAGCUGGAGACACAUACAGUCAGCGGUCUGCAGCCCAAUACCAUCUAUCUGUUCCUGGUUCGAGCUGUGGGAACCUGGGGCCUCAGUGAACCCAGCCCUGUCUCUGAGCCUGUCCGCACCCAGGACAGUCAACCAACCAGGCCAGUGGAGGAUCCAUGGAGAGGCCAGCGGGGAAUGGCUGAAGUGGCUGUGCGAAUGCAGGAGCCCAUAGUCCUGGGGCCCCGGACUCUGCAGGUGUCCUGGACUGUGGAUGGCCCGGUUCAGCUGGUGCAAGGUUUCCGGGUAUCCUGGAGGGCAGUAGGCCCUAAUGGGGGAAGCUGGACAGUGCUGGAUCUACAGACCCCAAGCCAGCAAAGUACUGUGCUAAGAGGACUCCCACCAGGGACCCAAAUCCAGAUUAAGGUGCAAGCCCAAGGCCAGGAGGGGCUGGGGGCUGAAAGCCCCUUUGUGACCAGGAACAUUCCUGAGGAGGCCCCCAGUGGUCCCCCCCAGGGAGUGGCAGUAGCCUUGGGGGGUGAUGGCAACAGCAGUAUCACUGUGUCCUGGGAGCCUCCACUGCCCUCUCAACAAAAUGGGGUCAUCACUGAAUACCAGAUCUGGUGCCUGGGCAAUGAUAGCCGUUUCCACCUCAACCGGUCUGUGGCGGGCUGGGCACGCUCCGUGAUGCUGCGGGGACUCCUGCCGGGUCUGCUCUACCAUACCCUGGUCGCGGCGGCCACCAGCGCUGGCGUGGGCGUGACCAGUGCCCCGGUGCUAGUGCAGCUACCGUCCCCGCCGGGAGUGGAGCCUGGGCUCGAGGUGGGCCCGGGGCUGGCGGAGCGGCUGGCGAGGGUGCUGCGGGAGCCUGCCUUCCUUGCAGGCAGUGGUGCGGCCUGCGGGGCGCUGCUGCUCGGGCUCUGCGCCGCCCUCUACCGGCGCCGGAAGCAGCGCAAAGAGCUCAGCCACUACACCGCCUCCUUUGCCUACACACCCGCAGUGUCCUUCCCACACUCAGAGGGACUCUCUGGAGCCAGUUCCAGGCCACCCAUAGGCCUUGGCCCUGCCCCCUACCCAUGGCUGGCAGACUCGUGGCCCCACCCUUCUCGAAGCCCUUCAGCCCAGGAACCUAGGGGAAGCUGCUGUCCCAGCAAUCCUGACCCAGAAGACAGAUACUAUAAUGAAGCAGGAAUCUCCCUAUAUUUGGCUCAGACUGCCCGGGGCACUGCUGCCCCUGGUGAGGGUCCUGUCUACAGCACCAUUGACCCUGCAGGGGAAGAGCUGCAGACCUUCCAUGGGGGAUUCCCCCAACAACCAUCAGGGGACCCAGGCACCUGGAGCCAGUAUGCUCCUCCAGAAUGGAGCCAGGGGGACAGUGGAGCCAGGGGAGGCAAAGUGAAGCUUCUGGGGAAACCUGUGCAGAUGCCCUCUCUGAACUGGCCAGAAGCCUUGCCACCACCUCCCCCUUCCUGUGAACUGAGCUGUCCAGGGGGGCCUGAGGAGGAUCUGGAGGGCAGCUCAGAGUCAGAAGAAUGGUGCCCACCAAUGCCUGAGAGAAGCCACCCGAUUGAGCCCAGCUCCAGUGGAGGGUGCCUGGUUGCUCCACCCCAAGGGGAAAACCCCUCUCCCACUCCCUCCUAUGGACAGCAGUCCACAGCCACUCUUACCCCCUCACCUCCUGACCCUCCCCAUCCCCCUAGUGAUCUUCCCCAUCUCCAUCAGAUGCCCAGGAGGGUGCCCCUUGGGCCAAAUUCCCCUCUCAGUGUGUCCCAGCCCACUCUGAGUAGCUAUGAAGGGAAGCCUGCUGGCCUGAAUGCUGGCCUCACAUCCUCCCACCAUCUCGGCCCCAGCCCUGUCCCCAGUACAAUCAGCAGUGCCCCAGGGAGAACCCGGCAGGUACCUGGAGAGAUGACUCCUCCACUUCAAGGACCAGGUGCCCGAAUCCGGAAGAAAUCCAAGGCUCUUCAUUAUAAGAGGGAACACAGCCCUGGGGACUUGCCCCCACCACCCCUGCCACCACCAGAAGAGGAGGUAAGCUGGGCCUUAGGGCUGAGAGCAGCAGGCAGCAUGUCCUCCUUGGAGCGAGAGCACAGUGGGGAGAGGAGAGUGGUGCAGGUGGUGCCUGUGGGGGCCCAGCGGGGACCCCAUCCAGAUGAAGAGGCCUGGCUCCCAUAUGGCAGACCGAGCUUCUUGUCCCAUGGCCAGGCCACCAGCAACUGUUCCACUGCUGGCAGCAACUCUUCCAGGGGCUCUGGCAGCUCUCGGGGCUCCCGGGGUCCUGGACGGAGCAGGAGCCGGAGCCGGAGCCACAGCCAGAGCCAAAGGCCAAGACAGAAACGUCGAGAGGAACCAAGAUGACCUUUGAUGAGGCAGUGAGAAUAUUGAGAGUUCCAUGGGGCAGGGGGUGUAACAUCCUCUUAUGGUAAACAAAGCUGUGAGCCAAAAGGAGCAGGGAUGGAGCCCUCUUCCCUCCCAGCAAUGAUGCUUGGGGCUCACUGAAGCCCAUUGACCUCAAUGGCUUCAAUUGGCUCGGAAGCCAGAAAGCCAGGACUUCCCUUUCCAUCUUUUUCUGAGAACUACUUGUAUAAAAGACAAUAAAAGGGGUCUGUUCCAA